AUGAUAAAAGAAGAAUCUAAAUUUGAAGACAUUAAAAUACCUGGAACUAUCCAUUUGGUGGAUAUCGAAGGUACAUUGGAUGUUAAGCAUGAAGAAGAUGAUAAUAUUGUUUUAAUUCCUCAACCAACUGAUGAUCCAGAAGAUCCAUUGAAUUGGAGUAAAUGGAGAAAAAGAAAAGUUGCUUUAUGUCUUUUAUUGGCUGUUUUCGUUGGUGAUAUUCUCACUACAUCCCUUUCAGCUGUUUUAUUAGUUAUUGAAGAAGAUACUGGUAUUUCAUUAGCUGAUUUAAAUACUGGUGUCGGAAUUCAAUAUUUAUUCUUUGGUUGGUCCAAUCUCUUAUGGCAACCUCUUGGUUUAACUUUUGGUAGACGUCCUGUUAUUUUAUUUUGUGGUUUAGGAUGUAUGCUCUGUACAGUUUGGACAUCUUAUGUGACAAGUACUGGUGAAUGGUAUGCUAAUAGACUUAUAUGUGGAACUUUCUAUGGACCAAUUGAGACUUUAAUCGAAAUCUCCAUAGCCGAUAUAUAUCAAGUUCAUCUUCGUGGAGGUUGGAUUGCCUGGUAUUGUUGGACCUUAUUUAAUGUUCCAUUCUUAAGUGGUAUAGUUGCAGGAUUUAUUUCAGAUGAUAAAGGCUGGAGAUGGAUUCAAUUCAUUGCAGCAAUCAUUUCUUCCGCUUGUCUUAUCAUAAUGUUUUUCUUCAUGGAAGAAACUAUGUUUUACCGUGAUCAUGCUUUAGAAUUAGGUCUGGUUGAGGAAAUAAAAUCUGACGGAUCAUCACUGGAACCACUGGAACUUGAACCAAAAAGUUCAAACUAUAAAGUUGAAAUUGAUAAACUUGAUAGUUCUGAAGUAUUACCAAAGUCCUAUCAAACUAAAACAUUUGCUCAAAGGCUUAAGUUUUGGGGAGCAAGAGAUCCAAGACAAAAGAAUGUAUUUUGGCAGUCAAUGUAUAUGCCAUUCGUUCUAGUUCAGUUUAUUCCAAUUUUGUAUGCUGGUCUUACAGUUGGUGUUGUACUUAGUGUUUUCAAUGUUGUUAAUGCAACCAUCUCAACUGUUCUUUCAUCUCCUCCUUAUAAUUUUUCAGCUAACAUGAUUGGAGUCUUUUUCAUUUCUCCAGCUAUUGGAAUAACCAUUGGUUCUUAUUUUUCAGGUGCAAUUGUUGAUAAAUUUACAAUUAUACAAGCAAGAAAAGGUAAAGGUUUUAGAGAACCAGAAUCUCGUCUUUGGCUUGCGGUUGUACCAAUGAUUAUCCAUCCAUUUGGAUGUUUACUUUAUGGAAUUGGAGCCUCACAUGGAAUUCAUUGGAUUGGUUUGGCAUUUGGGUUAGGUAUGAUUUGUUCAACAUUUCCAAUUGGAUCAGCCAUUGCUAUCAAUUAUAUCAUUGAUUGUUAUAAAGAAGUAUCUGGUGAUGGACUAGUUACUAUGAUUUUAAUUCGUAAUAGUAUGGGGUUUGGCUUUAGUUAUGCAGUGACUCCAUGGUUACAAGCCGUUGGAACUCAAAAUCUUUAUAUUGCCAUAGCUUUUAUCGGAGUUUUCUUUUGGUCACUUUCAUUUAUAAUGAUUGCGUUUGGUAAAAAGUUCAGAAAGUCAAAUGCAGCUGCUUACUGGAAUUUAGUUGAAAAGCAUGAACUAAAGGCUCAUUGA